AACAUUCGGCUCGCUUUACGGCGUGUUUCUAGUAGCGCACGACCCGUGUUACUCUGCCUCCCGCUUCGGCGGCGAUAUUACAUUUUUACCGUCAGAGCAGCCGGCCAGUGAGCCAACGACACCGCCAACAUGCCGCGGAUAAUGAUAAAAGGAGGGGUGUGGAGGAACACAGAGGAUGAAAUUCUCAAAGCGGCUGUUAUGAAAUAUGGCAAAAACCAGUGGUCUCGUAUUGCUUCCCUUCUACACAGAAAAUCUGCCAAGCAGUGCAAAGCACGAUGGUACGAGUGGCUGGACCCAAGCAUCAAGAAAACGGAAUGGUCACGUGAAGAAGAGGAAAAAUUACUGCACUUGGCCAAACUGAUGCCAACUCAAUGGAGAACAAUAGCCCCUAUUAUAGGCAGAACAGCUGCCCAGUGCCUGGAACAUUACGAGUAUCUAUUAGAUAAAGCUGCGCAGCGAGAUAAUGAAGAGGAAGCGGCAGAUGAUCCAAGGAAACUGAAACCUGGGGAAAUUGACCCAAAUCCAGAAACCAAACCUGCCCGACCUGAUCCUGUUGACAUGGAUGAAGAUGAGCUUGAGAUGCUCUCCGAAGCCAGAGCCCGUCUUGCUAAUACUCAAGGAAAGAAGGCCAAGAGGAAGGCCAGAGAAAAGCAGUUGGAAGAAGCGAGGCGACUUGCUGCUCUUCAGAAGAGGAGGGAGCUCAGAGCCGCAGGAAUCGAGAUACAAAAGAAAAGGAAAAAGAAGCGUGGAGUAGACUACAACGCCGAAAUUCCCUUCGAAAAGAAGCCGGCCCCAGGAUUCUAUGACACGUCCGAGGAAAACUAUGACGCCUUAAAUGCAGACUUCAGAAAACUUCGCCAGCAGGACUUGGAUGGGGAAUUAAGAUCUGAGAAAGAAGCCAAAGAACGAAAGAAAGACAAGCAGAAUAUUAAAAGGAAAAAGGAGUCUGAUCUGCCGUCGGCAAUUCUUCAGACAACCGGUGGAGCGUCAGAAUUAACUAAAAAGAGAAGCAAGUUGGUCCUCCCUUCGCCUCAGAUAUCGGAUGCAGAACUUGAAGAAGUUGUUAAGAUCGGCCAAGCCAGUGAAGUUGCCCGACAGACAGCUGAGGAGUCUGGGAUCACCAACUCUGCUUCUAGUACGCUGCUGUCUGAAUACACUGUUGCCAACAGCAGCGUUGCCUUAAGGACCCCUAAAACACCAGCCGCGCAAGACCGGAUCCUACAGGAAGCACAGAAUUUGAUGGCACUUACAAAUGUGGACACACCAUUAAAGGGUGGGCUAAAUACCCCUCUACAUGAGAGUGAUUUCUCCGGAGUGACCCCACAGAGACAGCUCGUUCAGACCCCAAACACAGUAAUUUCCACGCCUUUCAGAACUCCAUCCCAGAGUUCAGAUGGUUUGACCCCUCGUGGCGCCAUGACACCUAAGCCAGUUAUAGGAGCCACCCCAGGGAGAACUCCGCUGAGAGACAAACUGAACAUUAACCCUGAAGAUGGCUCUGUUGACUACAAUGACCCAUCUUACGUCAAACAGUUGGAAAGGGAGUCUCGUGAACAACUGCGCCUGGGAUUAAUGUCCCUUCCAGACCCCAAAAAUGACUUUGAGAUAGUCUUGCCUGAAAAUGCGGAGCAAGAACUCGAGGAGCGCGACCAAGAGGAAUCCUACAUCGAAGAUGCGGCAGAUGUGGAAGCGCGCAAGCAGGCAUUGAGGGAUGCACAAAGGGCCAAGGAGCUGAAGCAGAGACACAAGUCGGUGCAGAAGGGCUUGCCAAGACCCUCUGAAGUAAACGAAACUAUUCUGAGGCCUGCCAAUGUCGAGACUCCGCUCAGCGACCUGCAGAAAAGCGAGGAGCUGAUUAAAAAGGAGAUGAUCACAAUGCUUCAUUACGACGGUCUCCACUAUCCAUAUGGAGACAUUGCUGCAGGAAAGAAAGGAAAAGGCCCUGGAGGCACCAACGCAGAACACGUAGCUUUUUUGGAGCAAAAUCCAUAUCUAAAGAUUUCAGAAGAAGAGCUGAAAUAUGCAGAGGACCUCCUUCAGCAGGAGAUGGAGGUUGUGAAGCAAGGCAUGGGGCAUGGUGACCUCUCUCUCGAUUCCUAUAACCAGGUGUGGGAGGAGUGUUACAGUCAGGUCUUAUACCUCCCCGGCCAGGGACGUUACACUCGCGCCAACUUGGCCAGUAAGAAGGACCGGAUUGAAUCCCUUGAGAAGAGGCUAGAGAUAAACAGAGGUCAUAUGACGGCCGAAGCCAAGAGGGCCGCGAAAAUGGAGAAGAAAAUGAAGAUCUUGCUUGGCGGUUACCAGUCGCGAGCGAUGGGAUUAAUCAAGCAGCUGAACGAAAUCUGGGAUCAGUACGAACAAGCCAACCUGGAGCUACGGACCUUCGAGGAACUUAAGAAUCAUGAAGAUGUGGCCAUUCCCAGGCGGAUAGAGUCUCUGAAAGAAGACGUCCAGCGGCAAGAAGAAAGAGAGCGCGAGCUGCAGCAGAGGUUUGCGGAGCUCGUGCUGGAGAAAGAACGCUACGAGUCCAAAUAUUAGCGCCUGUUCCGUCAGCCACGACUCCCAUGCAAGCUGCGCUCUAAACAAUAAUACUAUGCAGAGCUGAAUGCCCAUCCGUCUGCAAAUCUGCCCUUAAGGGAUUGUUCGCUUUUUGUCACCAGACGAUACAUUUUAACCAAUGGCCGAUUGUUUUGUCGUCUUACAUCGUGUAGAUCACACUUGGUUUCGAGGCGUUCUCGGUAAGGGGAAAUAAUAAAACGGCGGGUGUAUAUUUUUGAUUUUGCGAUACGCAUUCCCAUUUUUUUUUAGCGUGUUGGCGCAAAUAUACAACGAUGUGAAAAGCUGUCUGUUAUGGCCGUGUCGCUUUUUGUCAGAAGUGAAUCAAGUACUCAGUCACUUUCUGUACAUUUUUGUCUUUUACCUGGCAGUGAUUUAUUUUACCGAAUUAAGAUAUGUUAUUGGAUGGCUCUUUAAUCUCCGCCCUACACAUUGCCUGCGGAUUAUCGAUGUUCAAUAAACAUACAAGUGAACUGUGAAUUUUAAUGUCUUCUGAUUUGCAAUCCACGGAUGUUGUUUCCCAAGCCCCCGGUUACAAAUGUAAUCUAAAUCGACA